AUGGUGCCUGUUUUUACUAAUGUCAAGAGAAAUGCUUUGAAAAAGGUACAAGCAGUUGAAGUCAAACUAUCAUUAGUUGAUUUAGAUGCUCUCUCUCAAUGUGCAAAUCAACCUAAUUUCUCGCCAAAUUUCUUGGGGCACGAUAUUCCAUGUGUUAUACUAUUAUUUGUUUUUGGUGUUAAAGUAUUGAAAAGUUUUGGUUAUGGAUUAAAAGAACGUCUUAACAAAAAAGAUGAUCAAGGUGAAAUUACUCCACAAACUCCUGUCCCUUUGGUACAAAUUUGGGAUGAUCUAGAGACUGAGCCGGGUCCUAAAAAAUGGACCAUUGAUGAUUAA